AUGGAUUACGUGGGGGAUGGUAAAGACCUCGCUUCACGUCAGAAUGCCUUGCAUGACUCUGAUGGGCUUAGCCACUAUCAAAGAAGUUCACAGAAGGCUCGUGUUGCGCGUUACAAGCCCAAAAUAAGCAACCCUUUGUCCUGGGUACGCCUGAGCAUUCGCAAAGCGCUCAGGCUGAACGACCAUGGCGUUACCAACCAAGCCUCUGUUAUGUGUUACAUCGAGGAAAUAGGGGCCUGUGUUACGCGUUAUGACCCUGAUGCCAAAUAUGACAUACCCAUGCCCCCUGAUCACAAUGAUAUCACAGCCACAUUUACUCCUCCCAAUGAUGCUUGGGCUAUUGGGUGUUUGCAGAGGCGGUUCCUGACAUGGACAUGA